UAUGAAAUAAAACAAUGUAAACAAUACUUUCAGUGAAAACAGUACGAACUGCUUUACAACGUUGCAGUAAAAAUAUAAUUUGUUAUUCAUGUUAUUUUCAAAAUUACAAACACUAAUCUUCAUAUUUCUAUUAACAACUGUGAACAUCAGAGAAAAAGACCAAACAUGGGAACAAAAAGAAAUUCUUCCUAUGGGAUUCGGUUUCUUUAAAGAAAAGCAACAUUCAAAAAUAGUAAACGAGAAAUAUAAAUGUGUAUCUUUUCUUAGAAAACUGUUGGACUUUGUCCAAUAUUUGGAGCAUUCCUUCAUAAAUACUUUAAAAUGUAUAUGUCAUUGCAUUUGGAAAAUUAUAGAUGAAAUAGUGGAUAACAUCUGCAAAAUUGUAUGUUACAUCUAUAGCAUUUCUAUGGGAAUUUUUAUUCAUUUUCAUCGUUUAUUCAGGAAACGAAAGGAAUUAUAUUCGUGUGAAAUACGGCCGAGUGAAAAGAAACAAAAUAUUCCAAAUAUUUCUUAUGGUUAUUCUAAAAAAGGAGAAAUAAUUAUUCGAAUCCCCUGUAAAGAAGAUGCGAAAAUAACUGUUAGUGUUAAACAAUAGAAACACGUUCACUCUUAAAACGCGAUAGAAAUUAAUCGGAAUGUUUGUUUAGAGACUCGUGUAAAUGGUUGAAUUGACACGAAAAAUCUAUUCAUAUUCAUCAGUCAUUAAGAAGAAUUUUUGAUUUAAGUAAAAUGUGUAAAAUUUUCAU